UGCAAAGCGCAUGAAUAUUCCCUACAAACUUUUCAAGUUGUCCUUGAAGGUUUUGCGCCCCCCAAGACUUCGUCUGCGUUUGAGCUUACCUUCGGUUCCUUCCUGGCUGAUUUUUGUUUUUAUUCUUGUUUCCUACAUCUUAGUCAUAUCUGGGAUUAUAUAUGAUGUAAUAGUCGGUCCACCAGCCAUGGGGACCACCAUAGAUCCACUGACUCAAACAUUGAAGCCCGUAGCUUUUGCACAGGGUAGAAUCAACGCGCAGUACGUCAUCGAAGGUCUUUCGGUUGGUUUCUUUUAUGCUUUGGGAACAGCGGGAAUCAUUCUGUUGGACGUUUCCUCAAAAUCAGCCUUGUUGAAAGACUACAAGGUUUCUUGUUGGAUUCUGGCUAUUCUCUUGUUACUGGGUUUUUAUCGAAUGAUGAUCGUUUUUGUUCGAAUCAAGUUGCCAGGAUAUCUUGAGUUUUAUUAUCAAUGAAGUUACAGUUUACAAUAUAGCAGUUUUUCAUGUU